AUGAGACUUUCCGUUGUACUCGGUGUCUUGCUCGGCAUCGAAUCUGCCGUGGCCAUAGUCACCCCCCGCGACGUGUCUAGCAAUAUCCUCCUCGACCGCAAGAACAAAUGGAACAAAAACACCAUCAUCUCGUUCCCGAACACGCCAGAGUUCACGAACGCAACCGACCGGUGGUCCUCCUACUCGGAGCCGACCUUCAUCGCUGGCAUCACGCCGGCCACUGAAGAGGACGUCGCGAAAGCUGUCAAGCUCGCAACCAAGAACAAGAUUGGAUUCCUGGCCCAGGGCGGACGUCACGGAAUCGCGUACUCGUUCCGGUCCCUCAAGAACGGCUGGUCCAUCGACUUAAGCCUUUUGAAGUCUGUCACCGUUGAUAAGAAGGCUGCGACGGUGACCGUGGGAGCUGGCGUGAGGUUCGGCGAGGUUUACGACCCGCUUGACAAGGCCGGCUUCAUGAUACAAACUGGCUCCGGAUCCUGCCCUGGUAUGCUAGGUGCCGGGCUGGGCGCCGGUGUAGGACGGUAUCAAGGCAUGUUUGGUCUCGUUAUCGAUGCUCUCGUCUCCGCCCGUAUCGUCACGGCCAAGGGAGAGGUAGUCGAGGUCUCGGCGAAAAAGAACUCGGACCUCUUCUGGGCUAUCCGCGGUGCCGGCGCCAACUUCGGUAUCGUCACCUCGGCUACGUUCAAAGUCCAGAAAGUGCCCAACAACAACAAGAUUCUGAAUGUCGACUUCAUCAUCCCGGCUUCUGCCAACGGCUCUUACUUUGACAUUCUUCACACCCUGGAGAACAUGCCGCCUGAGCUCGCCACCAUUCAGUUUGUCAUGUGGAACGCGACCCUCAAGCAGCCCCAAAUCCUCGCCAACUGGGUCUACACCGGACCCGAAGAGAAGGGACUUGAGCUCAUGGCCCCGGUCUUCGCGCUGAACCCGGUCCGGUCCGAGAAGAAAGUGGUGCCGUGGAAGUCGCUUGUCGGAACCGCCGGCUUCGGCGCCGACCAGGGGUGGUGCCAAUCCAGCCCGAUCCCGUGGACGCAGCUGUCGGCCAACACGAAGCGUCUGGACGCGGACACCAUGCGCACCAUGUUCGCCAAGACGACGGCCUUCUACGAGUCGGUGCAGGACCCCGGCGCGCUCGGGACGACGGUCGAGCUCGAGAUCUUCAACAGCGACGCCAUGCGCGCCGUGCCCGCCGACGCCACGGCCUACCCGUGGCGCGACUCCAUCGCCUACAUGAUGUUCGAGCUGACCUGGUCCAACGGCGAGGGUGAGGCCGCCGCCAUCGCGCUCGCCGAGGAUCUGCGCCGGGACUUCGUGGCCACCUCGGGCUAUGACGACCUCGCCGUCUACGUCAACUACGCGAGCGGCAACGAGACUCUCGAGCAGAUCUACGGCGCCAACAAGCUCAAGCGCCUCGCAGAGACCAAGAAGAAAUGGGACCCCAAGCAGGUCUUUGGUUUCAGCAACCCGCUGCCUACCAAGUACCCUUGA